CCCUACAUGGCUGUGGAGUUGUUGUUAUGCUUGUUGGAUUUGAGUACAUGCCAGAAGCUCUUGUAUCCCAUAAAUACGAAUUCAAGAGGUUGAAAGUUCAACCCUUGACCCUCAGUUGUUGGGAUGCUUCUCCCAGUUUUGUAGGCUCUGGUUGGCUGUAGGUCUGGCUACAGAAGGAGAAGUUCUCUUUAGCUGUGUCACUUGUUACACAUCAGAUAAAAUCUCAUUUUUAUCUCUUUCCUGUCUAGCUCAAUGCCUGGGUUUGCCUUUUAAUCUGAGUGUUUGUACCUUGUGCCUGCCAGUGUUUUGCCUUCACUUUCUUGCAUGCUGGAAGAAGCCAGAAAUGACUGGUUAUGUUUGUGUCGAGUGCACAUUAUUAUUCAGUUUACCUCUGUUUGUGAUUCUUUUCAGAUAUUUCAUGGAGCCUUUGAGCCCUAACAUCACUGCUCUCUGCGUGGCCAUUUGAGACCAAACGAGCUGGACACAGCCAUGGGAGACUCUCCAGGAAAUGUCACAGAUGGAGGCAUGGACACACAGACUGAACUGGUAGAGAGGGUGGCAGCCAUAGAUGUGUCUGGUGUCCCAGACAGAAGUGACCAAAAUGGUGAAGACAACCCUGAAGAAAAUGACACAGUCUUUUCUGAUAACAUAAAGGACAUCCAAAGAAAUGGGGUCAGCAGUGACGUGGGAAUCAAUGAAUUUCUGCCUUCCCAGCAGUCAGAAGAUGCUCACUUGAGGCAUGUUCCCAAGAGACCUCUAACUAGACCUGGUCUAUCAAGUAGGAAGUUGUCCCUUCAGGAAAGAUCAUCAGGAGGUUAUUUGGCUUCUAGCAACCCUCCAGGCUGUGGUCCUUAUGCCACAGGGCCAUCACCACGUAUAAUCAGGAGACCAACGAUCGAGUCCCAUCGUGUCUCCAUAUCAGACUCUGAGGACUGUGUGCAAUUAAACCAGUACAAGCUGCAGAGUGAAAUAGGCAAGGGUUCCUACGGCGUUGUGAAACUGGCCUACAACGAGAACGAUGACAAGUAUUAUGCUAUGAAAGUCCUCUCCAAAAAGAAACUCUUGAAGCAGUAUGGAUUUCCACGUCGGCCUCCUCCCAGAGGGUCAAAAGCAUCUUCUGGGGAGCAGCCCAAGCCCAUGGCACCUCUGGACAGAGUCUAUCAGGAAAUAGCCAUCCUAAAGAAGCUGGACCACAUCAAUAUCGUUAAGCUGAUAGAGGUCCUUGAUGAUCCUGCAGAGGACAACUUGUACAUGGUGUUUGACCUCAUGAGGAAAGGGCCUGUCAUGGAGGUGCCAAGUGAGCAGCCCUUCAGCGAGGAGCAGGCUCGGCUCUACUUCCGAGACAUCGUCCUGGGCAUCGAGUACUUGCACUACCAGAAGAUCAUCCACAGGGACAUCAAACCUUCCAACUUGCUCUUGGGAGACGAUGGCCACGUCAAAAUCGCUGAUUUUGGUGUCAGCAAUCAGUUUGAAGGGAAUGAUGCCCAACUUUCCAGCACAGCAGGGACACCAGCCUUCAUGGCACCAGAGGCCAUCUCACAGACUGGCAAAAGUUUCAGUGGGAAGGCACUGGAUGUGUGGGCCAUGGGAAUCACCCUGUACUGCUUUGUUUAUGGGAAGUGCCCUUUUAUAGACGAAUAUAUUCUGGGUCUUCAUAACAGGAUCAAGACCAAGCCUGUGGAGUUCCCAGAAGAAGCACAGAUAAGUGACGAGCUCAAGGAGCUGAUACUGCGUAUGCUUGAUAAAAACCCAGAAACGAGGAUAACAGUUCCUGAAAUAAAGGUGCACCCCUGGCUGAGCAGGGGCGGCGCGGAGCCGCUGCCGCUGGAGGAGGAGCACUGCUCCGUGGUGGAGGUCACCGAGGAGGAGGUCAAGAACUCUGUGAAGACCAUCCCCAGCCUGCCAGCUGUGAUCCUGGUGAAGGCCAUGCUGAGGAAACGCUCCUUUGGGAAUCCCUUCGAGGUCCAGACGAGGAGGGAGGAGAGAUCCAUGUCUGCUCCAGGGAACCUGCUGAUGUAGAACACAGGGCAGCAGAGAAGCAGCCAGGGACCCAGAGCUGCCCGACGUGUGUGAAGACGAGACCACGUC